ACACCAUAAAAUGAGAUCAUUAACUAUCACCAUCUUCCUUUCCUUUUACACACUGCAAGUUGCUCCGCGAGCCGUCGAAAUAUCCGAUGAGCUUCCGAUUCAAGCAAUUUCCGCGUCAGGGCGGUUAUUUUGUGGGGACAAGCCGCUCAUUGGGAUUCCAGUGAAAUUAAUUGACAAAGAUCAUGGUGACGACAGAGACGAUCUGCUAGAUGAAAAGAAAACCGACGAAGAGGGAAAAUUCCACGUUACUGGAGGAACUUAUGAGAAAGCUGUAAUUGAGCCAGCCCUGAAAAUUUAUCAUGAUUGCAAUGAUGGUAAUCAUAAAUGCCAAAAACGAUUAUUCUGGGACAUUCCUCAAAAGUACGUGAGCACUGACUUGUACAAAAUCCCAGUUUUCGACCUGGGAUCUAUCAACUUGGAAUUGGGAUUUGGAAAUGAAAAACGAGAUUGCAGGCACUGAAAUUAUUAAUUUUCACCGAGAAAUGUACAUUGAAUAUGUAUAUAAUAUAAUAAUGUUCAGGGAUUUCUUUAUUGUUGUAAUAAACUUGUUAUUACCUU